AGUGGUUACUCCAAUUCCUAUAGAAUGAGAAUGAGAGAGAGAGAGAGAGAGACCACCUUGUCAGCCUCGACACCCCUUUUUACAGUCUCGUCCAGCCAGAGCACGACAUGCACUCGCCUUGAGGCCAACGAACCGAAUGGCAAUAUCGCUGGAUAGAAAGACACUGGCGAUAUAUGCUGUCGCAAUCAAUCUGCGUCUCUUGGUCUUUCUGGCCUUUCCGAACAUACCAGAAUUCCUCAGCACUCAAGUCGAAAUAUCAACGCCCAUUUCGAGCUUCAAAAGACUCCAGGAAGGACUAUUUCUUCACCAGCACGGCCUGUCGCCUUAUGAUGGCGGCGUCUACCAUCAAGCCCCGUUACUGCUGAUCAUCUUCGAGUUCUUGCCAUCGACACUGGUCUUUAUAGCCUUUGAUGUUCUGAAUGCUACGUCACUACAUUCAAUCGCCGACAAGCUUCACCUACCGACUCCUCGAUUCCAGAAGUUAGAUGGAUCUCUCAUUGCUGCAGCAUACUUGUUCAACCCCUUCACAAUUCUGUCUUGUCUCGGAAGGUCAACAGUCAUCUUUACCAAUGCCGCCAUCAUUCAAGCAGUCUUGAAUGCACAGUCCGGGAAUGCUGUGCGAGCUAUGUUUGGGCUCGCCAUUGGCAGUUAUCUCUCCAUGUAUCCCGCUCUACUGCUGCCGCCAGUCAUGCUGAUGCUCCGGCAAAGCGGCAACAAAGAAGCGACCAUAUCAACUUCAGUUGUCUCCUUCGUAGCAGCACUUGCGGCCUUGUUGGCAACAACUCCCGUGUUGACGGACAACUUUCGGGAUUUCCUCGCAUCUUGCUACGGGGCACAGAUAACGAUCCCUGACCUGACACCCAAUGUUGGGUUAUGGUGGUAUUUCUUUAUCGAGAUCUUCGACUCUUUCCGCGAUUUUUUCAUUGGAGUUUUCUGGUUGCACCUGGUCGGAUAUGUUGGUGGCAUGACAUUCAGGCUUCACAAACAACCACUGUUCGUCAUUACGAGUCUUCUGGGAUUGAUGGCCAUCUUCAAGCCAUAUCCAAGCAUUGCGGAUGUUUCGUUGUAUCUUGGGUUUCUUCCAAUGUACUCUCACGUCCUACCAUUAACCCGAUACACUUUUAUCGCGGCAUCCGUCCUGCUAUAUUCCACCCUUCUCGGCCCAGCGUUCUACCACUUGUGGAUAUAUGCUGGAUCAGGCAAUGCCAAUUUCUUCUACGCCAUCACACUUGUGUGGAGCUUGGGACUGACCAUUCUCGUUGGCGACACGCUGUUUGCUGUUAUGCGGGAUGAAUGGGAGCUGGAACGACCCGAGAUGAGAGGCAAGAGUGUGCGACAAAUAUAACCUCAA